GCUUAUGACGAAGUAGUCAUAAUUUAAGUUUGUACCCAAAAAUAACUCAUUUUCAAAAACCAUACGUACUACGUAGUCCUGACAAGAGAGAAGCACAUGCAGUAAAAUCGUCUACAUCGAAUUUAUCAGUUUACAGGGAAACCAAUUUAUCCAGAAACUAUAUACAAAACUGAAUGAUUCUAUGGCAAUUCUACAUACUGGGUUCUUUCCCUAUAAUCAUCUUGUUUCUAUAGACUAUGUUUUCCUAAAUUUUACUCCCCAAAAAUCCAAGUUUUUUCCCAAAAAUUUCAACAAUGAAGCCUCAACGGCUAGAAAUCUUCAUAUUAAACGCACAGCAUUGUUAACAAAGAGAAACCCACAUCCCCAUUUGGCUUUAGUAGCUGAUAUCAAGAGGAGAGAUUUUAAUAUUGAAACUUCUCAGAGAGUCUCUUUUUUGAACAUUUUCGACUCGAGUUCGUUCAUGCGGUGUUAUGAUUGCAAGCAAGUUCAUGGGUAUUUUGUGAAAUUAGGUGGGGUUGGUUGGAAUAGUUUGAUUGGGAGUAUGAUUGCGGUGAUGUAUUUGAGGAGUGGUGGGUCAUUGGAUGAUGCACGGAAGUUGUUUGAUGAACUGACUGAGAGAAGUGUGCAGCUUUAUGCGUCGUUGAUAGGAUCGUAUUGUCGGUGUGAGAAAUGGGUUGAGUUGUUUUCGGUGUUAGGUUUGAUGGUUUUGGAUGGGGUACUGCCAGAUAGGUAUCUUGUACCAAGAAUUCUCAAGGCUUGUUCGGCAGUUAAACUGGAGAGGAGGGGUAAAAUGAUUCAUGGAUAUGUUGUGAGGAGGGAUUCGGGGAGUGAUGUUUUUGUGAGUAAUGCACUUAUUGAUGUGUAUGCGAAUUGCGGGAAUUUGAGGUAUGCUAGAAUGGUUUUUGAUGCAAUGCAGGAUAGGGACGUGGUUUCUUGGACUGCACUUGUUUCGGCUUAUAUGGAUGAAGGCCUCAUAUGUGAGGCAGAAAAUACUUUUCAGUCGAUGGAAUUAAGUGGAGUGAAGCCUGAUUUAAUAUCAUGGAAUGCACUUGUUUCAGGCUAUGCAAGGAACGGAGAAGUUCAUAAGUCUGUUAGUUGUUUGAAAGAGAUGCAAGUAAAUGGGGUGAUGCCGGAGGUUACUUCAUGGAAUGCUGUCAUUUCAGGAUGUGUCCAAAAUGGAUGUUAUGAAGAUGCUCUAGUUGUUUUCUGUAAAAUGUUAUGGCUUCCUGAGAAACCUAAUGCUGUGACAAUAGCAAGCUCCAUUACAUCUUGUGCAAGAUUAAAAGAUUUGAAAAUUGGCAAAGCAAUACAUGGUUAUACCCUGAAACGUGAACUUCAUCGGAAUGAACAUGUGGUGGGCUCGCUAGUUGAUAUGUAUUCUAAAUGUACAAAUAACGAUUGUGCCGAGAAAGUAUUUCUAUCUGUGGGAACCAAGAACAUUGUCAUGUGGAAUGAGAUGAUUGCUGCUUGCGUAAAUGAAGGAAAUUUAGGCAACUCACUGCAACUUCUUAAAUCUAUGCAAAAUGAUGGUAUGCAACCAGAUGAAUUUACCUAUAACACAUUGCUUGCUGGACUUGCAAGAAAUGGAUACAAGAACGAGGCAUAUACCCUUCUAUCAGAGAUGGUAUCUACGAAUUUAGAGCUAGAUGUCGUAUCAUUUAAUGUACUGAUAAAUGGGUUUCAGCAAGCGGGGCUUAGUCGUGAAGCUCUUAAAUUGUUCCGUAACAUGCUGUCACCUAGUAUAGGUUGGCUUUUUGAUGGAAGGCCAAAUUUGUCGGUAAGGCCAAAUGUUGUUACAACAACUGGUUCUCUUGCAGCUUGUGCGGAUCUGCUUCUACUGCAGCAAGGGAAGGAAAUUCAUGGAUAUAUUGUAAAGAACAGAUUUGAAGACAACAUCUUUGUACAAUGUGCAUUGGUUGACGUGUAUGCGAAAUGUCAUGAAAUUGGUUCAGCAACUAAGGUCUUCUGGACCAUUAAGGAUAGAAACACCGUAACAUGGAAUACUAUGAUUUCUGGCUUCAUUAAAAAUUCACAACCAGAAGAGGCUCUCAAGUACUUUACCAAAAUGCUUUAUGAGAGUGUUGAACCAACCCCCAUAACCUUUAUGAUAGUAGUUCCGGCAUGCAGUGAAAUGGAAGCUUUAAGUGUGGGGAAACAAUUUCAUUGUUAUAUUUUGAAGAGUCUUUUUUCUGAACACAGGAACGCUCUUUCUAGUGCUCUAAGAAACAUGUAUGAGAAAUGUAACUGCACAGAUUAUGCUAGAUUGGUCUGCUAAUCAAUAUGACGGUAAAAAAAAUUGUGUACCAACAUCUGUUCCCAAACGAUAUAAUGUCGAUGACGUGGCACUAUGGAGUGUUUUAGUUGGUGAUAUUGGUGUACAUACAGGCGGCCUUUGUUAUUAUCUGAGCUAGAACCAACAAAAACAUGACACGUGACGUUUUGUAUCCAAUUGGGGACCUUUAACAUUUUCCUUUAUUUUCUAACUUGCACAACUCAAGUGAAAUCAUAAAAUAUCUCUUGAGGAUUGUCUGGUUUUUGGUAUAAUAAGACACGCAAAGCAGGUAAAUUUAGACACUUGUUGGAUAUUGUGAAAUCUUGGUAUAAGAUGUGUAAAAUUAAUCUUUUUUAA